UGUGCCCCGCUUCAUCAUGCUGUUGCAGACACAUAGUUACGUGUAAAGGGCAUCCUAAAAAAAGAAUGAUAUGCUCCACUGUGGACAGUCCAGGGUGCUCCUGCUCAGUGACAUGGAGAGACUGGAGAAGACUCUGUUUCGCCUGGAGCAAGGCUUCGAGCUCCAGUUCCGACUAGGUCCAACUUUGCAGGGGAAGAAGGUGCACGUCCACACCAAUUACCCUGCACCACAACAAAAAUUCAACAGUUGUGAGUUUCGUGUCCUUGAGUGGAUCAACCCUAGUGGGAAAGAGGAUGACUCGGACAAGUAUUGCAAACUGGACCUUGAGAUUGCUGGCUCCUACCAGUACUACUUUGGGUGCGGGAAUGAGGAGAAAACUGGUGGUGGCUAUUUUGUGGUGGAUCCUGUGCUACGAGUGGGCCAUGAAAGGAAGGUAAUCCCUUUGGACAGUAUCACCUCUCAGACUUACCUGGCUAAAUGCCUUGGGCCACUGGAUGAAUGGCUAGACCGGCUUAUAGUGGCCAAGGAAACAGGUUACAAUAUGAUCCACUUGACGCCAUUGCAGAAGUUGGGUGAGUCACGUUCCUGCUACUCCAUUGCUGACCAGCUGGAGCUGAAUCCAGAUUUCUCCCCUCCGGGAAAGAAUUACACAUGGAUGGAUGUGGGGAACCUGACAGAGAAGAUCAGGAAAGAGUGGAAUAUGGUUUGCAUCACAGAUGUCGUGUACAACCAUACAGCAGUUAACAGUGAAUGGCUCAGACUCCAUCCUGAGUGUGGCUACAACCUGGCGAAUUCUCCACAUUUAAAGCCAGCCUGGAUACUGGAUCGAGCUCUCUGGCACUUCAGCUGUGACAUUGCCAAUGGAAAAUACCAUGACCGAGGCCUACCAGCGCUGUUUGAGGAUGAGAAGCAGCUCAGUACACUCCGUGAACUCCUGUGGCAGGAGGUUUUUCCUCAGCUGAAGCUCUGGGAGUUUCUCCAGGUGAAUUUGGAAAGAGCUGUGGAGCAGUUUAAUAAACUUCUACAGGCCAGCAAAUUGGCUGGGGUAGAAAUGGAGAAGAAACAGAAGCUGAAGAUUAUACAGGAUCCACAGUUCAAACGCUUUGGCAAUACAGUGGACAUGAAGGUGGCCCUGGACAUGUUUGGCAGGCACACGAAUGGCAUAUCAGCGAUACAAGUGUGCUGUGAUGUGUUCAAGAAGAGUUUGGAGGAGUUGAACAUGGAGUGCUAUAAGGAAAUGCACGACCAUCAUGAGAAGGCUGUAAACUGCAUAGUGGAGACUAUAAGAUAUGAGCGUCUUGCAGCAAAUGGUCCCAAACUUGGCUUGGUGACCAGAAAACAUCCUUUGGUGCCGAGAUAUUUCACCUUCCCAUUUGAGGACAUGUCAUUGGACAAGGAGGAACUGCUGCUUCAGAAUGCAGAUGAUGCAUGUCACCUCCAAGCUCACAACGGAUGGGUGAUGGCAGACGACCCUCUCAGGAACUUUGCAGAACCAGGCUCUAAUGUCUACUUGAGGAGAGAACUAGUCUGCUGGGGUGACAGCGUGAAGCUCCGCUAUGGCAAUAAACCUGAGGACUGUCCCUAUCUUUGGGAACACAUGAAGAAGUACACAGAGAUAACGGCCAAACACUUCUGUGGUGUGCGGUUGGACAAUUGCCAUUCCACACCUCUACAUGUGGCUGAGGCAAUGUUAGCUGCUGCCAGGGCAGUCAGGCCCAAUCUGUACGUGAUAGCUGAGCUAUUUACAGGUAGCGACCAGCUCGACAAUAUCUUUGUUAACCGUCUGGGGAUUACGAGUCUCAUCAGAGAGGCAAUGAGCGCUGGGGACAGUCACGAAGAAGGCAGACUGGUGUAUCGCUUUGGCGGAGAACCGGUUGGUUCUUUCAUCCAGCCCAACCUAAGGCCUUUGGUUCCAGGCAUAGCACAUGCUAUGUUCCUUGAUGUUAGCCAUGACAAUGAGUGUCCUGUCGAGGUUCGGUCUGUGUACGACUGCCUCCCAAGCUCUGCAAUUGUGUCUAUGGCGUGUUGUGCCACAGGCAGUACUAGAGGAUAUGACGAACUGGUUCCUCAUCAGAUUUCAGUGAUCACGGAGGAGCGUCUGUACCCCAAAUGGAACCCAGAUGCCCUGCCUUCAUCUCCUGGGGAGGUGAACCUCCAGUCAGGCAUCCUGGCAGGGAAGCUGGCACUCAACAGGCUUCACCAUGAGCUGGCUGAGAAGGGUUUCACACAGGUCUACGUAGACCAGCUGGAUGAAGACAUUGUGGCUGUAACCAGGCAUUGUCCAAGCACACACCGGUCUGUGGUGACUGUGUCUCGAACAGCUUUCAAAAACCCAAAAACACACCACUACAGAGAAAAAGUGUCUCCUUUGUUUAUACCAGGCCAGAUAAAUGAGGUGAUCCUGGAGGCACGUACAGUGGAAAGAGAUACUGGCCCCUAUGUGAAAGAUGAGAAGUGCAUAAACGGCAUGCCUGAGUACACAGUGGAGCUCAAGGAACAACUCCAGCUUAAAGACAGCCAAGUUGUGAAACAAGGAGAUACCACAACAAAUGGUGGCAAUGAGUUUGUCCAGGAGAUCGUGUUUGAUCGUCUCACUCCAGGCAGCAUGGUUGCUUUCAGGGUGAGUCUGGACCCAAAAUCUCAGAACUUGGUGGGCUUCCUGCGUACUCAGCUCUAUCAGUUUAAUCGCCUGUACAAAUUGGGAAGUCUGACCGACCCAGAUGUUCCUGGCAUCCUGAAAACUUCCCUGAAAUUCCUCAUCUCCAAACUGUCCUUGGCUGAGCUGAAUGUCUUGCUGUUCCGCUGCAAUGAUGAGGAGCAGGAAGACGGGGGAGGAUGCUACAAUAUCCCAUCCUGGAUGUCCCUGAAGUAUGCAGGCCUUCAAGGGUUCAUGUCAGUGCUUUCUGACAUUCGGCCCAAGAAUGACCUUGGCCACCCCUUUUGCAACAACUUGAGGCAAGGCGACUGGAUGCUUGACUACAUUAGCUCUCGUCUCAUGAAUAAAGAUGGAGCUCUAAGGGAGGUAGGGAAAUGGUUCCACGCCAUAUUCGACUACCUAAAGAGAAUUCCACGCUACCUCAUUCCAUGUUACUUUGAUGCCAUCGUUGCUGGGGCAUACACUACAGCUGUGGAUGUUGUCUUCAACAAGAUGUCUAGCUUUGUGCGGGUUGGUUCAACCCUGGUGAAGCAGUUGGCAUUGGGCUCAGUGCAGAUGUGUGGUGUGGGCCCCGUGCCUGCUCUCCCUGCUCUUUCUCCUGCCCUGCAGGAUGUACCGCAUCGCCUCAAUACUAUCACCAAGCAGAACGAGCAGUGCUGUGUGUCACUGGCUGCAGGCUUACCUCAUUUCUCAUCUGGAAUUUUCCGCUGCUGGGGCCGAGACACGUUCAUAGCCCUGCGUGGCCUCAUGCUGGUCACUGGAAGACAUGAAGAGGCAAGGAACAUUAUCCUGGCCUUUGCUGGUACUCUGAGACACGGCUUGAUCCCCAACUUACUUGGUGAGGGUACAAAGGCUCGCUACAACUGCCGGGAUGCUGUGUGGUGGUGGCUGCAGUGCAUCCAGGACUACUGCACUAUAGUUCCCAAUGGUGUGGACAUCUUGUCGUGCCCUGUGUCACGCAUGUACCCUACAGAUGAGUCUGAACCCCAGCCUGCAGGCACUGUUGACCAGCCUCUGUACAACAUCAUCCAGGAGGCAAUGCAGCGCCACAUGCAAGGCAUCAAAUUCAGAGAGCGGAACGCCGGGCCACAGAUCGACUGCAACAUGAGAGAUGAAGGAUUUAAUGUUGAUGCGAAAGUAGACCCAGAAACAGGCUUUGUAUAUGGGGGAAAUCGAUUCAACUGUGGGACAUGGAUGGACAAAAUGGGUGAGAGCGACAAAGCAGGGAAUCGUGGGAUACCGGCAACGCCCAGAGACGGCUCUGCAGUGGAGAUUGUGGGUCUUUGUAAGUCCACUGUGCGCUGGUUGACCCAGUUGAAUCAAAGCGGUCACUUCCCUUACUCUUCCGUCAGUGUCCAGAGAGAUGGUGUAACUCACACUGUGUCGUAUGAGGAGUGGAACCGCAGGAUCCAGGAUAACUUUGAGAAGAUGUUCUAUGUGUCUCCUGAUCCAGAGGAAAAACAUGAAAAACAUCCAGAGCUAGUGCACAAAAGAGGCAUUUACAAAGACACCUACGGUGCCUCCAGUCCCUGGUGUGACUAUCAGCUCCGGCCCAAUUUCACCAUUGCCAUGGUGGUGGCUCCUGAACUGUUUACACUGGAUAGAGCAUGGGCAGCUUUAGAGAUUGCUGAAAAGAAACUGCUUGGGCCACUGGGAAUGAAGACUUUAGAUCCAGAUGACAUGGUUUAUUGUGGCAUCUAUGACAACGCCCUGGACAACAACAACUACAAUGUCGCCAAGGGCUUCAAUUACCACCAAGGACCUGAGUGGCUUUGGCUGGUCAGUUACUUCCUCAGAGCCAAACUGUACUUGGCCAAGCAGAUGGGCCAGGACGUGUACAAUCAGACUGUGAUUCUGGUCAAAAACAUUCUCUCCAGGCAUAACAUCCACUUGGAAAGAUCUCCUUGGAAAGGUUUACCUGAGCUGACCAAUGAGAAUGGACAACACUGCCCUUUCAGUUGUGAGACACAAGCCUGGUCCAUUGGCACGAUUCUGGAAGUCCUGUAUGACCUUUACGAUCCUGAGACCUUGUAGAUUCACUGUUUUUCAUUAACAGCAGGAUGGUUGUCCUGUACAAGCCACAAACGGGCCUUGAACUCAUUUCCUAUUCUUUAACUUCCUCAUCUCUUGCUUAAGGAACUAUCUGUAUAUAUCUAGGCAUCAGUAAAAGGAAUAGUUUGGUGAAAAGUCCCAUUUAUAUACUGAAGACAUGUCUGCUCUCCAACAAUUGCUUCAAAGAAUGGACGUCUAUCCCUACCAAACCACCCAUCAAGCCAUAAAUUUCCAUAAUUUCUUGCCAUGCAUUGCUCCAAAAACCUAGUCAGCACAUGCCACCAAAUAUGUCUUGGCUGAUUACUUUUGAGGAAGUGGAAAAUUGUGCAAAUUUAAUUUUUCACUCUAUAUUACCGUUAAUUAGGAUGCUUCUCGUAUAGAUCUAUAUAUUACACCACCAUAAAGCAGCUGAUGAUGAUAUGGCUCCUAAACUUCCUGAAGCCUAUCAGUGCAAACAGAAGAGUGUGUAUAUGCUGUUCGUUUUCCUGGGUAAAAUCUAAAGCCAUACUCUUUCAUUCUCAAAAGGUUGGGCAGGAUGUUAUGGCAUAGUGAUUCUUGAAAUCAAUUUCCUUUAGAUGCCUGAAACCUUUUUAUAACCAGUAUAUGGUAGUUGUGAGUAGAUUUUUUUUAAUCUCUUUUUUAUUACAAACUGUGUAGACAAAAUUAUUAGAGCUUCAGCUUAAGGAUUUUCUGCUCAGAUCUAUGUAGCUCACUUUUUCUUAAGCUCAAUUGCUAAAGUUUGCUAAAAGAAAAUGAAAAACAUAAUGCAAAAUAUAAUGCCUCUAAUAUCACUAGAUUUUUCUUGAGUAGAAGAGUCAGAGACAGAGUUUUUUAAUAGCGUCUAGACUACCACAACAUGUGUAUUUAAAUUAGAGAAAAUGCAGACUGAAGAAGUAGAUCAAAGAUAACAUAAACGCAAGAGCCAUUUAAAAAUAAACAUAUAAAACAAGAAUUCAAAUAACCAUCUACUAAGAGUCUAAUAUAUUUCUACAUGAAUAGUCCUACUUGUUUUAAUUGAACAAUAGGGUCUCCACGCUCAUUAUUUGGGAAAGCUUAUAAAAUAGCACUUGAUGCAGCACAUCCUGUUUUUGCACUAGAAAUAGUUAAAUAUCUACUAUUAAUUCAUGUCUGUACAUUGUAGCCACAGGAUCCCAAAUCGAGGUCCUGAAAUCAUAAUGUGUGCAUGGGAUAUAGGCAAUUUUGUUGUGCCUUUAAUUGACUAUUUUGGCGUUGAAUUAAUAAAAUGCCGAUGUUCGCGGAUAACUAAUUACAAGGUUUCAGCAUUAAAUACUGCUUGAUAAUGAUGUCUUCAAAUGAUGCACGCAGUAGUCUCGUUUUUAGAGAAGUGCCAUUUUAGAGGCAAUACAAACAUAAUGCUUGAUGAUUAGAGUGUAAAAAGUCUGUUUUUCACAAAGAAUUUCAUCUCCUGGGAAAACAAAACUGGUCCAUGAUAUUGCUUAAUUAUUUGUGGUUUGUGGUGAGGAUUUUGUUUUAUUUUAUUUUUUGCAUGGUAUUUGCCUUUUUGCUGUCUGUUGAAUCACUACAUAAACUUUUUUUUUUUUUUCUAGUUGUGUGAUAAUAAACAGUCCACACUUCCUAGUCCACUAAUAAUUUGGAAUAAAAAUCUGAUGCAAACUCAUGCAUCUGCUAAUGCCAAAUUGUUGUCUGGUUAAUACUAAAAAUCUAUUUCUGAUUUCUAUUUCUGACUGAUUUCUCAUGCCUUACAUAAGACCACUGAGUAUCGUUCAUAAUGUUACAGUUCCAAGCUGUUCAUGCUCAUGGCAAAUAUUUAUUCUUGUCCUUUUGUCAAGAACACAUAUUAUGCUCUGUGUGGACGCCUGUGUGAUAGAACACACCACUAUUCUGAGUUAAUUAAAGGUGGUCCUGUAGUCUCUGUUUGCUGAACGAAACCUCUGAAAUUAAUAUUUAAGCAUGUACUUGAUAAAUGAGGCCUUUAUUAUGCUUUAUGAGAGCGAGACACAGUUCCUGUGAGAGCAGUGUUGCAUACAGAGCAUCCGAUCUCUGAUACAAGGUAUGUAAAUACGCUUGAAUUUAUGUUUACUGUAUAGUAAUUGAUAGAUUUUCUCUCGGAUUUAAUGCAAGAUUAUGGAAUUUGUUGAUGCACCCAGGCUCUCUAUGG